UUGGAAGCUUCCUCAAGAAGAUGCAAAAGCUCUUCAACAGUGGAGGCGAACAGGGCUCGUGUUCAGCAAGCCAUUGUAAAAUUCAUCAUACCUCCGCCUAUAUAAGAUCAGAUCCUUAUCCAUGCUCAACACAUCACCGCUUCUAAAUUUGAAGUUCGCUAACAUUUUUGUUCUGAUAUACACUCUGUGGCAUAUAAAAAAUGUCUGCUCUGUGGCAUUUUGGUGGUAGGUUGUUAGUACUUGUAUUUGCAAUAGGGCUGUGUGGAACUGGUGCUGAUGCUGCUUUGGUAAAGGAGCAGCCUCUGGUUCUAACAUACCAUAAUGGCCCCCUGCUCUCCACAAAGCCUAUCGAUGUUCAUGUUAUCUGGUAUGGGAAGUUUAGUCCAGUUCAGCGGUCCAUUGUGGUGGACUAUUUGCAGUCCCUUGGGGCAAAACUGCAGGGGAAGGACAAGCAGCCCUCUGUUUCCACCUGGUGGAAGACUAUUGAGAAAUACAAGGGCGCCGCCUCUAAUGGAGCUGCUCUGAGCAUUGCAAGGCUGGGGAAGCAGAAGAUGGAUGAGUCAUAUUCCCUUGGCAAGUUGUUGAAAAGGAAGGACAUUGUCGCACUGGUUGAGAGCGCCGUUAAAUCCAGAGCUCUGCCGCCGCCGCCGAGCCAUACCAACGCAGUAUAUUUGGUGCUGACGUCUGAUGACGUGGCGGUGGAGAGGUUCUGCGUUAGUUCUUGUGGUUACCAUGACCACAUAUUAGGAUCCAGUCUUCCGUAUGCGUGGGUGGGUAACCCAGUGAGUCAGUGCCCCGGGCAGUGUGCGUGGCCGUUUCAUCAGCCACUCUACGGCCCUCAGACCCCUCCUUUGCUCUCCCCCAACGCUGACGUGGGCAUCGACGGAAUGAUCAUCAAUAUUGCGAGUGUUUUGGCGGGAGCGGUGACAAACCCAUUUAAUACGGGAUAUUUUCAAGGAAACGCUGGUGCGCCUUUAGAGGCGGUGUCCGCAUGCCCCGGAAUGUAUGGAAAAGGGGCUUAUCCGGGUUUCCCAGGAGAGGUCUUGGUGGACAGAACAACGGGGGCGAGCUACAAUGCGCAUGGAGUUAAUGGGCGUCAGUUUUUACUGCCGGCCAUGUGGGAUCCUGCUACUAAGUCUUGCAGGACACUGGUCUGAAAAGCACCGCAGUGUCCUGAAAAGCACUGCGGUGCUGAAGGUUUUCUGUAUAUGUUCCUCAAUGUACACAAAUUUAAUGGCUUUGUUUCUUUGUUAGUUUUAACAAACAGUGUAGCUGUAUUUCAUGGCAUCUACGUAUAUAAACUCCUAGGUUAAUUUUCCAGUCUUUAGAUACUGUUGCUAUUUUAGUGCAAAUAUUUACAGAGACGAGGUAGUAGAGGAGAAGCCGUUUACGUACCAUAAGCUUCGAAUUGUAAUUGUGAAAGACAUUUACUUACAAAUUGAAUAUUACGCAUAGUGAUUACAUAAUGUAGGGGCUUAUAUACAAAUUCGAGAUUCGAUUAUGCGGGUAUUGUGUGUCUAACCAUCUUUAUAUUUUUAGUUCAAGGUUACCAUAUUGCAUUCUGAAUUAAUGCAAUUUAUUUUCUAGCUGGUCAA